GGCCAGACCCAGAAUAAUUAAGAAGUAGACAAAAAGCUGGGUAUCUAAAUCAAAAUCAAAUCAAAAGUUAUAAAAAAGGAGGAUGAGGCCGACGUGCUAAGAAGAUAGUUGUAUUGAAUUAAAAAACGAAAGUAUCACCACAUUGGCACAUUUGUAAUUCAAAGAUACUAUAAAACUCAAAAAAGUCCUCACUCCUAAAUCAUUAGCCAGUGCCCAGUAGGGAUAAACUCCUAUAACCCAGGAAACAAAAACAGCUUCUAAUUCCAAUUCCAUGGCUACUGCAGAAGAAACAGGGGCCAUAGAUGAUUACACCAAAGAUGGCACUGUCGAUCUUAAAGGAAACCCAGUACGUAGAUCCAAACGUGGUGGUUGGAGAGCUUGCUAUUUUUUCGUUGUGUACGAAAUAUUUGAAAGAAUGGCAUUUUAUGGGAUAUCAUCAAAUUUGGUACUUUAUAUGACAAAAAAACUCCAUCAAGGAACUGUGGAAUCUGCCAAUAAUGUGACCAACUGGGUUGGCACAAUUUGGAUUACUCCUAUUUUAGGUGCUUUUAUUGCUGAUGCCUACCUUGGCCGUUACAAGACUUUUCUCAUUUCUUGUGCCAUUUAUCUCUCGGGAAUGACGCUAUUAACCCUCACAGUUUCAGUCCCUGGGUUGAAACCACCACCAUGCAAUUCAGCCAACAUGAGUGACUGUAAGAGGGCCUCACCACUUCAACUAGGUGUGUUCUACACUGCACUUUACAUCCUAGCAGUUGGAACUGGUGGAACUAAGCCCAACAUCUCCACCAUAGGCGCCGACCAAUUCGACGAUUUUGAGCCCAAAGAAAAGGCCCAAAAACUGUCUUUCUUCAACUGGUGGGAGUUUAGCAUUUUCUUUGGAACCCUUUUUGCUAAUACAAUCUUAGUCUAUGUCCAAGACAAUGUAGGUUGGGCUCUUGGAUAUGGACUUCCAACUAUUGGUCUUGCUAUUUCUAUAGGUAUAUUUUUAGCAGGAACACCAUUUUAUAGGCAUAGAUUGCCUAAUGGAAGUCCCUUCACAACCAUGGCAAAAGUCAUCGUGGCAGCUAUUCAAAACAGAAAACAACCAUUUCCUAACCACUCUAGUAAACUCCAUGAGCUUGACUUGGAUGAUUACUCCAAACAGGGAAAAUUUAGAGUUGACUUGACUUCUUCCUUGAGGUUCUUUAACAAAGCCGCAAUCAACACUGGUACAAAUAAACCAUGCACAGUUACACAAGUAGAAGAAACAAAACAGAUGUUAAGAAUGAUUCCAAUCUUAGUGAUGACAUUUGUUCCAAGUACAAUGUUGGCUCAAGUACAAACCCUUUUUGUCAAGCAAGGAACUACCCUUGAUAGGAGCAUAGGCAAGUUCAACAUUCCUCCUGCAUGUCUAACUGGAUUUACAACAUUUUCAAUGCUUGUUUCUGUGGUUAUUUAUGAUAGAAUCUUUGUAAAACUCAUGAGAAAACUAACAAAAAAUCCAAGAGGAAUUACAUUACUACAAAGAAUGGGAUUAGGACUAGUCCUUCACACAAUCAUCAUGAUCAUAGCAUCUUUAGUAGAAAGGAAAAGACUAAGUUUUGCAAAUGAACAUGGUUUGGUUGAAAGUGGUGCACAACUUCCCUUAACAAUAUUUAUUCUCCUCCCUCAAUUCCUACUCAUGGGGGUAGCUGAUGCCGUCCUAGAAGUCGCAAAACUCGAGUUCUUUUACGAUCAAGCUCCUGAGGGAAUGAAGAGUCUUGGGACAUCUUAUUCUACUACAACUAUUGGUAUUGGGAAUUAUAUAAGUAGCUUCUUGUUAUCAACCGUUGCUCAUAUCACUGCAAGGAAUGGACACAAAGGUUGGAUAUUGAACAAUCUUAAUGCUUCGCAUCUCGAUUAUUACUACGGAUUCUUUGUCAUACUUAAUGUAGUGAAUUUCAUAGUUUUUAUAUUUGUUUCUAGGUUCUAUGUUUAUAGAGCUGAGACUUCUAAUUCAAUGGAGGUUCUCAAAGAAGAAUUAGAACAUUAGGUCUUGUAAUGUAUUCCAAGGGUUUGGGUGUUUCUUUUACUAAGAGUAUGUAUAGACAUUGUUAUUUCUAGAUUGCUACUAUUAGUUUUGAAAUUUCAGACAAAAAAGUGUGUGGAAUUUGUAUCCUUUGAUGUUUGGUAAUACAUAAAUUAUUUACCAUA